CGCGUGGAGACCAUGGCGUUCCUGUGCAGUAUGUGACGGGGAUAACGGGAAAUAUAACUCCGGCAGCGGGUUAUUGUCACAUUAUUCUGAGGAACGGAUUGGAUUUAAAUAAAGAAUAAAAUGGGCUCUCGUAUCAAGGAGAGUCCUGGGUCACCCUUUGAGGUGUACAUGGAGGUGGUGCAUUCUGGGACAGCUGGCUCUGGACCAGAGGUACGAAGGAGUUUUCCCGACACAUACACUGAACAGGAGACGCUACAGACUAUCCCAAGGUUUUGUUUCCCUUUCAAUAUGGACAGUAUGGCAGUGGGCCAGGUGGGGCAGAACUUCACAUUUGUCCUGACGGAUAUUGAGAGCAAACAGCGCUUCGGAUUCUGCCGGCUCUCAUCGGGAGCUCACAGCUGCCACUGCAUCCUCGGCUACCUGCCCUGGUUUGAGGUGUUUUACAAGCUGCUGAAUAUCCUGGCAGACUAUACAACCAAAGGACAGGACAGUCAAUGGAGAGAGUUGUUAGAGUCUCUACACACGUUAAACAUCCCUGACCCUGGAGUGCCUGUGCAUUUGAGUGUGCAUUUGUUUUUCACAGUGCCUGAUCCUAGGGAAUUACCCAGUAUACCUGAAAAUAGAAAUCUGACAGAGUAUUUUGUAGCAGUGGAUGUGAAUAACAUGCUGCAUCUGUACGCUAGCUUGCUGUACGAAAGACGAAUCCUCAUUAGCUGCAGCAAGCUGAGCACUUUAACCGCAUGUGUUCAUGGUGCGGCAGCCAUGUUGUAUCCCAUGUACUGGCAGCAUGUUUACAUUCCAGUCCUGCCACAGCACUUAAUUGACUACUGCUGCGCUCCAAUGCCAUACCUCAUCGGAGUGCAUUCCAGUCUUAUGGAGAAGGUGCGAGGUGUGGCUUUAGAUGAUGUGGUACUUCUCAAUGUAGACACAAACACUCUUGAAACGCCGUUUGAUGACCUGCAAAGCCUUCCUAAUGAUGUGGUUUCAUCUUUAAAGAACCGCCUAAGAAAAGUUUCCUCGACGACAGGAGAUGGAGUGGCCAGAGCGUUUCUGAAGGCGCAGGCAGCACUGUUUGGCAGUUACAGGAACGCACUACACAUUGAACCGGAGGAGCCAAUUACCUUCAGUGAGGAAACAUUCAUGACACACCGAUCCAGCACAAUGAGACAGUUUCUACAGAACGCUAUACAGCUACAGUUCUUUAAACAGUUUAUAGACGGGCGUUUGGAGCUGUUGAACUCUGGUGAAGGGUUCAGCGAUCAGUUUGAGGAGGAGAUCAAUAUGGGAGAAUAUGCUGGCAGUGAUAAGACAUAUCAUCAGUGGCUUUUCACAGUGAAGAAGGGCAGUGGGGCCAUCUUAAACACAGUGAAGACAAAGGCAAAUCCUGCAAUGAAGACAGUUUACAAAUUUGCCAAAGACCAUGCCAAGAUGGGCAUCAAAGAAGUAAAGAGUAGACUCAAACAAAAGGAGCUUACAGAGAAUGGUUACACAGAAGAGACUGGCUCCACCCACCUACCCUCCACACACAGCAAAGACUCCCUCACCUGGGACCAGAGACGUCCGAUCACAGUUCACUUUGGACAGACUGAGCAGUCACGUUCCCCACGGCCCCCUCGGCCACAACGUCCCCCUCCCCCCCAUCCCUCCAAACUACAAAGCAGCACACGACCUGUGAGUACAGCACUCUCAUCCCUGUCCUCUGACCUGUCACCCUGUAACCCUUUUGCCCCAGCCUGCAUGCCUCCCUCAGGUGCCAACUACUUUCCCACUUCUGCCCACCCGUUCUCUGUAUUCGGUCAGACAUCUGCUGUGGGUGUGACCCCAACUGGAGGGGCGUGGCCAGUUGGACGCCUUCCUCCAUCCUCCAGCAGUAGCGGCUCUCUUUCAACCCUCUUGGACUCACCUGCUCCUACUACUCUGGCCCAGCCUGCGCAAGUUUCUACAGACGAAUCCAGUGACCCAUUCAGUGACCUUCUUACAAUGGCAACCACACCAACUGUAAUGACCACGCCCCCCAAAAAGAAGGUAGAAGAUUUGCGAAGAAGGUGGGAAACCUUUGACUAGCUGUGCUCACGUCUUUCCUCUACGGCUGCUACCAAACAGUGAGGGACUGCAAAUUUAGAGCCAGUGGGUAUUUAAGAUUGUGCCCCCUAGUGGCCUAAAAGCACUGUUGGACAUUUUCCCUCUCAGAGUGUGUCGUGCUUUUUUUUGCGCCUAGCUCACACACUUAGCCUUAUGCACACAGAUGCUAAUGAUGUAUUUCCCAUAGCAUCCGGAUGAAAGUGUUGUUCCAAUAGCAGCAAGUUUAACACUGAAAAACCAUAUUAGCAGGAUAACACUGUAUUUUCUGUAGCUAGCAGUCUAGUUUCCACAGGGAUCAGACUACAAUACUAAAGAUACCACACAGUAAUAUGACCCAAGUCCUACAUUAGCGAUUAGACUGCCAUUGCUGCGUUUAUGGCAGCAAUUGCACGUCCUCUUAACAAUCAGUACUGUUUUAAUAAGAAGCUUGUUUUUUAACCCUACACACAUUUAUGAAUUCAAACCGUUACACCCUAACAUUCAAUUCUUGUGCAAACUUCUACAAACGAUUGUUAAAUUGGCAUUUAUAAUGCACCUGAAUACAAAUAUUUGCUAAUCCCUAUUAGAUGGCAUACUACACAUCCCACACUACUUGCGACAUGACACAAGGGCAUACUACAUUCUGGACUCUAUAAUGCAAAUUGCAUAUAACUUUGUGAUUGCGGUACCUGCUGUGUACUUCAUAUUUGCACUACAUUACAUACAGCAUACAAUGAUGCAUACUGCACUACAUAUCGUGCCCUAGUAGAAGCUAAAUACUACUCACUGCUUAGAGCAUAGAGUGUGAUAAAGUGCAGCAGAAUGUUAGUGCUCAGAACAGGUCGGAGUAAACAGCCCCGUAGAACACAACACUGCCCCCUAGAGGUCUGAAGUCAGAAAACAAAAAUGCAGUAUGCAUUUGAUGCAUACAUUUUUUUUUUUUUUUAGGUUAAAUACAUGGUGAACGCCCUCACUGGUACCGGCUUUACCUCUAGUUCUGCUUGCCUGUGUGUCAGUCCAAAACUAUUAAAAUGGGUCUUAUGGAACAGGGUUCUGUUUGGUUUCAAAAUAGUUUAGUUUGGAUACUAAUUGUCCACUUGCUUUGAUUUGAUGUUAAAGUUCUCGUUUUAUUCUGAGCAUCACAUGAUAGACUUACAGCUUUCGUAAAGCGAUCAGUCACCACCCUUCUUUUUAGCACUACCCUUUCCAUCUAAUCCGCUACUGCCAUGCACUCUGCAUUAUGGGUAUUUAUUCUAAUAGAGCCUUUUUGCGCUUUUUAAAUAUACAUACUGCUAUAAAGUGUGUUCAAAUUAAUCCUAACUCUUAACAACUGGUUUUCUUGUCAUAGACUGUGCCUGUUUUCUGGGUUUAGUUCAGCACUAUACACAAUCGGUGUUGGAGGAUCUUUGUUUCAUGCCAUGUUUUGCUAUAUUUUUGUCUGAGACUUGCAAGUAGGAGAACACUGUUUGUGCAAAUCUUGACAUGGAAAAGAAUUGUGUACAACCAAACGCUCAAAUCCAAAAGAAACAUGUUUUUGUCAGGGAACAUCAGGGAGUGAACUGGUGUCUCUUCUCUGGUUUUAUUGAUGUAUUUAAAGAUAUGAAAUCAUGUUAUUUGUGUUAUUAAAGUGUUCUCGAACAUCUCUAUCCACCCUGUAGAGCUGUUAGAUCAUCACGUUUUCUGUUAGUUUAUCUGUUUAUAUCACCUUUCGAAUUUGGCCUUAAAUGAGAGUGCGUGUGUGCAUGUUGUGUGUGUAAAUUCAGAGCUGUUUGUGGUGAGAGGUUUGUUGUGUAUUCUUAGUUGUACUGCAUGGGUUGUUCCGGUGUUUUGGUUCAAAUAUUGUCUUAAUGUAAAAAAUAUGAUUUUUACAUUUCACAUCAGCUGUUAGGUUGAAAUGUGAUUGGUGAAACACUGUCCUUGGUCAGUAAUCUAUACUGAAUGUUUAAAACAAAAUUCCAGUGGCAAUGGAAGCCAGUACACCAUCACAGAAUACACUGAGCGGCAUUGCACUGGAUUGCAGUGAGCUUCUACUGGGGAGACUUUAAUAAUGUUUGACAAACACAAAACUUAAAAUGAAUUACAGCAAGAUGUGUGUGUGCAUAUUAAAGUGCUACUUUAAAACCGAAAAUAUUUUGAAAUAUUCCGAAAAAAUUAAUCGGUUGACGCAAAACGAGGCAUUUUUUAAUUGACAAAAAUACAUUUGCUAAGUAUUCUGUUAAAAGUACCUACACAUUUAACUGCAGCAGAUACAGUAUUUUUUUCUUUUUAGGAAAUUGUCAGAUGAGCUGAAGCUGUGAUAUUUUUCCCCAUACAGUGACUUAACUGGCAAGACAUCCAAACAUGUUUAGUGUUAAAAGUUGUUCUGGGUGAAGUAUUGUAGAUGACAUCACUGCACAGCAGUCAUUGAGGCCCGUCACUGAAUGUGAUUGUAUUCUGUAUUCCAGCGGAAAAGUGUCAAAUUAUAAUCUACUAUGUCUGGGUAAAAGAGGUUUUGAAAAUGUGGCUGGCAUGGAUUUAACAAACAUUGUAGGACCUAUUUUGACAGGAUCCUUUGAGGUUUCUCCGCUUGAAUGGUAGGAGAGUGCAAGGUGGAACUAUCAAGAUGUGUUUCUGAUGUGUAAAAUACAAUUUUCUCUUGGAAUGUAUCCUAAUGUGAACUCAUAUCCUCUUAUUAUCAUCUUGCACUUUUUUUAUUUUUUAAUUAUUAUUAUUUGGAUGUUAUUAUUUGUGUUUGCCAUAAUUAAAAAGCACACAGUAUAUUCAUGUGAAA